AUGAUCUUCUACAGGAAGGGCCCAAAACCACCAAAGAAGGGACAGCCCGAAGGUGCAGUCUAUGACUUUGAGGACAAAAUCAACUCUGCUGUAUUUCCUGCUCUUCAAGGUGGUCCUCACAAUCACCAGAUCGGUGCUCUAGCUGUUGCGUUGAAGCAGGCUAAUACUCCUGGCUUCAAGGUCUAUGCAAAACAGGUGAAAGCAAAUGCUGUUGCACUUGCAAACUACCUAAUGGCCAAGGGUUACAAUAUUGUAACUGGUGGAACUGAGAACCAUCUUGUCUUUUGGGAUCUUCGUCCUCUUGGAAUGACCGAUAACAAGGUUGAGAAGCUCUGCGAUCUGUGCAACAUUACAUUGAACAAGAAUGCUGUAUUUGGAGACAGUAGUGCUCUUGCUCCUGGAGGUGUAAGAAUCGGUACACCUGCGAUGACAUCGAGAGGAUUGGUGGAGAAGGACUUUGAGAAGAUAGGAGAGUUCUUGAGCCGAUCCGUGACACUGACAUUGAACAUUCAGAAGGAGCACGGGAAGCUGUUGAAGGACUUUAACAAGGGUUUGAUGAACAACAAGGAGAUCGAGGAGCUUAAGGCUGAUGUUGAGAAGUUCUCUGCUUCUUAUGAGAUGCCUGGAUUUCUCAUGUCUGAGAUGAAGUACCCGGAUUAGAGAUCUCUCUCUC